AUGGCCAUAAGGAUACUUAACUUGACCACAAGUUCAUCCGGAUGUGAAAGAAAUUGGAGCACAUUUGAAAUGGUAGAUGCAAAGAGGAGAAAUCAACUAGAUGUGGCCCGUAGGGACAAUCUAGUUUAUAUCCAAUUCAAUGGAAGGAUGAUUGAUAAAAGAAAGAAGUUAUCCUCUUCUAGUGAUGUUCUUCUUGGUGAAGAUGCUUCACGAGCUCAAGAUUGGAUAUGUGAAGAUGCAUAUAUCGAUGAGGAGAUUGAUCCCACUACAGGCAUGCCGUACAGCAUCAUUGAUGAAGCAAUGGGGGCAAGCGAUCCUGUGGAGCUUCGUAGAAGUGCAAGAGUUAGAGAACUCCAUGAAGUUGAAGAAUUCGUUGAGGAUGAUGAUAAUGAAUCAGAUCAUGAGAUAGAGGAUGAUGGGAUUGAUUAUGAGUCCGAUGAUGAUGGAGUGAUGGCAACCAAAGACGAUGAUGAGGAGGAGGAACCCCCACAGCCUUGAGCCAUUUGUCACCAACUUAUAAGAUCUUUAUUAUUGCACAAGACCUUAUUUUGCUUCUAUUUCCGUGGCUGAACCUUG